AAACCCCUUCAAACUCCACACUUCAAACUUCAAACUCCACACCACACCACACCACACCAAGAAAUGGCCAGCACCACCACCGCAUCAAGUCUGCAAAUCAACAACGAUUUGGCUCACAAAAACCUCGAUGAUGAUGGUCGCGAAAAACGAACAGGGACCUGGGUGACUGCAAGUGCACACAUUAUAACUGCGGUGAUUGGGUCGGGCGUGCUGUCUCUAGCAUGGGCCAUCGCUCAGUUGGGUUGGAUCGCUGGUCCAGCGGUUCUCAUGACCUUCUCUUGCAUCACUUACUUCACCUCCACCCUUCUUGCAGAUGCAUACCGUGCACCAGAUCCAGUGUCUGGGAAGCGUAACUACACCUACAUGGAUGUGGUUCGAGCCAGUCUAGGAGGGAGGAAGGUGCAAUUAUGUGGGAUAGCUCAGUAUGUAAAUCUUGUGGGGGUUACAAUUGGAUAUACAAUAACUGCUUCUAUAAGCAUAGUGGCAGUGAAGAAAUCGAAUUGUUUCCAUGAUCAUGGGCAUGGAGCAGACUGUAAACCGUCGAAUUAUCCGUACAUGAUUUUGUUUGCAGUAAUUGAGAUUCUGUUAAGUCAGAUACCCAAUUUUCAUAAGCUAUCAUGGCUUUCGAUUUUAGCUGCAGUCAUGUCUUUUGCUUACUCUCUCAUUGGACUCGGCCUCUCGAUAGCUAAAGCCGUUGGGGACCGGCAUGAGGCAAAGACAACACUAACAGGUGCAGAAGUAGGACCACUUUUAUCCAGUUCAGAGAAGGUGUGGAAAACAUUUCAAGCGGUUGGAGACAUUGCUUUCGCUUAUGCCUUCUCCACUGUUCUUAUCGAAAUUCAGGACACACUGAAAUCAUAUCCACCAGAAAACAAGAUGAUGAAAAGAGCAUCGCUAAUUGGUGUCUCGACAACCACUUUGUUUUACAUGCUCUGUGGGUUAAUCGGUUAUGCAGCAUUUGGAAACGAUGCACCAGGCAACUUCUUAACUGGCUUUGGAUUCUACGAACCCUUUUGGCUUAUCGACUUUGCUAAUAUAUGCAUUGCCAUCCAUCUUAUUGGCGCAUAUCAGGUAUUUUGUCAACCAAUAUUCGGGUUUGUUGAGAAGAAAUGUCGGGAAAAGUGGCCCGAAAGCAAGUUCAUAAUGACAGAUCAUACUAUUAACGUGCCAUUUUGCGGAGAGUACUACUUCAACAUGUUUAGAUUGGUGUGGAGGACAACGUAUGUGAUGAUAACCACACUGAUUGCAAUGAUUUUUCCUUUCUUCAAUAGCUUCUUAGGGUUGAUCGGGGCCGGUUCAUUUUACCCUUUGACAGUUUAUUUCCCGAUUGAGAUGUAUAUUGCUAGGGCCAAGAUACCAAAGUUUUCAUUCACGUGGGUGUCGUUAAAGAUCUUGAGUUGGACUUGUUUGGUAGUCUCGUUGGUUGCGGCAAUUGGAUCUGUGCAAGGGCUCGUGACCGAACUCAAGAAGUAUCAACCCUUCAAAACCGAAUAGAAGCAUAAAUGAUAAUAAAGACCGAUAUUAUUACUAACUACUUGUUGUUUUUGCAUAUGGCGAUUGCUCACAAAAAUUGUUAGCAAUCAUGAUAAACUCCUUAUAAAUAGUCGAGAUGUAAUGAAGCUAUGAGAAUAUAUGAUUGGUUAUUGUUAUGGUUACGG